AUGGAAAAUGGGGCUAAUACAGGUUUUUUAAAUCAUAAUAUUAUGAUUAGAAUAAUAAAAGAUGAUCCAUCAUUAGAGGAAGAUAUUAAUUUACAACGUUUACCAUUUAGUAUUGGUUAUAAUGGAUUUGCAAAAGUUUCAAAUUAUUUCCAAGUUACUGAUAAACCAGCCACAACAACAACAACAACAACCACAACAACACCAUCGCCUGAUGAUAAAAAAUAUUUAUAUUCAUCAUUUAGAGGAAUUCAAUUAAUUGGUGAAAAGAUAAAAAUACCAAAUGGAUUUGAUGGCUAUGUAUUUAGAGAUGAGGAUGAACAAGAUAAUAAUAAUAGAAAAUGGGAACCAAUAUCAAAAUUCAAUGAAUUAACAUAUUGGAAUAGGGAAACUGUACCAUCAGAUUUUGAUAAACAAAUUCAAGCAUUCAAAUCUUUAAAUAUUCAAUCAAUGGUAAAUAAAGAAAUCACUCAAGAAGAUAUUGAAAAUGAAAUAAAAUCUGGUAAAAUAAAUAAUCAAGGAAAUAGUAAGGAAACUUCCACUUCCACUACUACCACCACUACAACCACAACCGAAACUACUACAAAUAUUAAAACUGAAGAUAAAAUUGAAAAUGAAGGUAAUCAAACAGAGGUUAAUAAUUUUAAAGAUGACAUUGAUGAUACUAAAGAUGAUAAAAGAACUCAAAAGAAGUCUAAAAAAUAA